AUGUUAAAAUACGGCUACAAACAGAGUAAUGCUGAUCACACAUUGUUUCUAAUCAUCUAUGUUGAUGACAUGAUUAUCACAGGAGAUGAUGUUGAAGAAAUCGAAAGUCUUAAGAAAAGUUUGUUCCUGAAAUUUGAGAUGAAAGACCUUGGAGAUCUGAAGUACUUCCUUGGAAUUGAAAUUCUAAGGUCUAAACGGGGCAUUUUUCUGAGACAAAGAAAGUAUGUCCUCGAUUUGUUAGCAGAAACAGGAUUACUCGAGUGUAAGCCAACAGAAACACCAAUUGUGUUGAAUCAUGGACUGAAGAUUGUAGAAGGAGCUGAUCAGACAGAGCAAGGAAAAUAUCAGCGCCUUGUUGGAAAACUCAUCUAUCUUUCUCACACCAGGCCAGAUAUCUCAUAUGUUGUCGGAGUAGUGAGUCAGUUUAUGCACAAACCUCAGCGGGAUCAUAUGGAGGCGGCCAUGAGAAUUGUACGAUAUUUAAAAGGAACAACUGGGUAUGGUGUAUAG